GUUUAUGUAUUGUAUUUUAAUACAUUUUAUUGGUAUAGGUAAUACAAACUAUUGAUGUAGUUAUUUUAAAGAACAAUACUGAAACAGAAAUGAAUUAUUCUUUACACUCAAAUUUGUCGAAUAUCUGCAGAACUUGUUUGACAGAAAGUUCUUCCAUGAAAUCUGUAUUUAGUUAUGAACAAGUAAUGGAACAAAAAAUCUUGCUUGGGGAUAUGCUGAUGUCUUGCACCUCUAUUCUGAUAAUACAUGGAGAUGGUCUUCCGGAAAAUAUUUGCGAGAAUUGUUCUCAACAAGUCCAUACAACAUAUUUAUUCCAAAAAUUAUGCGAAAGAUCUGAUGCCACUUUGCGAGAGUGUACAGCUAUUACGGACUUAAACAGUGAUCACAGUAAUAUCUUCACAAUUGAGAUAGAGAGCAGUAAAUUUGAUAUGGCUUUAGAAGAGAAAUCUUUAAGUGACCAUGAACAAAAUGAAAUCAAUAUUAAAAAUGAAAGUUGUCAAACAGUAUUUGAUGGAAUGAUAGACAUGGAACCAAAUAAUUUGGAUGAAUCAAAUGACGAUAAUGCAACGCUGAAACCAAAUAAGGGUAGUUUGUCUCCAGAUCGUAGUGAUACGAGUAUAUCUGGAGAUAAAGUAAAAACAGUUUUUAAGUGUGAGCACUGCAGUAAAGAAUUUAAUGCAAAAAGUUUCCUUUGCCGUCAUAUGACAGUACAUAAAAACAAUCCACGAACAACAAAGCAUAGAAGUAAAAGUGGUGUAACAAGAAAACGUAACCAACCUCGUACUUGUGAAAUUUGUAACAAAACUUUUAGAUUUCAUAGCAACUUAGAAAGGCACAAGUUAACACACACAGGCGAAAAGCCUUUCUUAUGUAAUGUCUGCGGUAAAGGUUUUGCUCAAAUGGCAUACCUUAAAAUACAUUCAUUUAUACAUGCAGGCGAGAAACCAUACAAAUGCCAAAUGUGCGACAGAAGCUUUGCAGCACCCGGAACACUUAUGACCCACGUAAGAACUCACACUGGUGAACGGCCCCACAUAUGCAAAAUAUGUGGAAAGGAUUUUCCUCAGUCUGGAUACUUGUCAGCUCACAUCCGGACACAUACUGGUGAGAAACCAAUAGAAUGCAAAGUAUGCAAUCGACGGUUUAAUCAAAGUGGAAGGUUGAUUGUCCACAUGAGAAUUCACAGUGGUGAAAAACCGUACCAGUGCACAACGUGCGGUAGGAGUUUCGCCGUUAAGGGCACCUUAAAAAAACAUAUCCGGACACACACUGGUGAAAAACCUUAUAAGUGCAAGGAAUGUGGGCAAGCGUUUGCUCAAAGCGGUACUUUAGCUAACCAUAUGAAAACUCAUAAGUCCAAAGGGGAAAAUGAUAAAUUAGUAUCUUGGAGGGAUGAUAUUUUGGUAUAACUAGUUAGUUUUCUAAAGUACUUUUAUAAACCACAAAAUAGUUUUUUGCAUUAAACCCUUAACUGGUUAUAAUAUAUACAAAUUUAAAAUUUUUUCUAGUGCUUAUGAGGAAUAUAUUAAUUUCUUAAUUUUUAAAAGGGCCCUCCAUGGAUAACGAAUAUAUUCGCCUGCUUUGUUGUGAUCUCAUUCUCUCAAUUAAAUCUACAAUGUGACGUAAAAUAUUCCAUAUAUUUUUUUAAAUUAAUCUCUAUUAAAGCAGUUAGUUUGCGUUGUUAAGGUGGGCCACAUAUCAAAAGGAGGCAUUUAUAAAAACUUAAAUUAUUCCAAAAAUUCCCCAUACCCUAUUUGGUAUGUUUAAGACAGAUGCGGGUCAGCUAAGAGACAUAGGACUCAAUUUCAAUGAAAGGCAUUUUCUCUAAAGACAAAUGUUUUUUAAAGUUUAAACUGAAUUAUAUAAGGUUUAGUGAAUAAUAACCAGGCCCGGUCUGGCUCUUUGAGGGGCCAUCAGGAAAAAUCGAAAUCGGGGCCUAUUUGGUUUUGUCUGUUAUUAGGGUGCAUAUCGACUCUCCCAAGGAAAACUGUCGUAUCUCAAAUUUGCUUAUACUGAGAUAAUUGCAUUUGAAUAGUUGAGAAAAUAAUAAUGUUCAUUAUUUUUUUUAU